AUUUGCAAAAUACGUUACUGUAAUUCUGUUCCUCCCCUCCGCCAUCAUCAUAAAACAUUUCACUUAUCUUCAAAAAUAUUUAAAGAAAUAUCACAAACCAUCACCGGCCGUCCGAUCAUAAAUCAAAUGGACGCAUUAUUCGAAGCAAUCAACGUCAAAGACCUACUCUCCACCGGCGACUUCACCGACACCACAUCGCCACUCUCCGCACCCGAUCUCCGCCUCAUAAAGUCACGUCUCGAAUCUCACUCACUGCAAAUCAAAUCCAGAGUCCAAUCAUAUCUCCAAUCACACUACACUGAUUUCUCCGCUCUCUUCACCCUCUGCAACGACGCCGUUUUAAGAACCAAUGAAGUAAACGACAAACUCAGCGAUCUUGUAAAUUUGGUUGCUGGCUGUAAAAUUGAUGUUGAAAUUAGGGAAAUUAUGGAGGAGGAGAGGAAGAAGAUGAGGGAGUUGAAGGUGAAGAAGGAGUUACUGGAGUUAGUGAGGGGUAUUGUUGGCAUUAGUGAGAGAUUAAGAGGCGUUAGAGAUGAAUUGAAGAAUGGACGGUUGAGAUUUGCUGCUGAGGAAAUCAGGGUUUUGAAAGUUGUUUUGAGAAUUGGUGAUGGUGAUGACGUGGGGGAUGAGAAGGAACCGGUUGUUUAUGGAUUGUUAAGAAAUGAUUGGAAUGGUUGCUUUGAAGAGAUGCAAGAGCUGCUUGUGAAGUUGAUGGAAAAUGCUGUUCAGUUUGAUCCUGAUACGGGCAGAAUUCGUGUCAAGUAUAGGUUGCGCGCGGAUGGAAUUAUAUCCGGGGUUGAUCUUCGCACUGUUUUGGAAGCAAUGGAAGUGAUUGGCAUUUUGGAUUACGGGCUUGCUAAAGUGGCUGACCAAAUGUUUAAGUUGGUCAUCGUUCCUGCUGUCAAUGCUGGAUCAUCUAUUGCAUUCAUAGAAGAACCUGAAAGAUUUUCAGAAAAAAUGACAGAGUCAAUGCUGACGAUGGUAAAAUCAUUUGAUCCUAAGAUCGAAGAUGUGGAUGGUGAGAGUAUAUAUUCACAGAUUGUUCGGGUUGUAAAGUUUAUUUUUGAACGCUUGUUUUUGCAUAAUGCAUCUUGGAUUCGGUAUUUUGGAAGAUUGACAUGGCCCAGGAUAUCCGAGUUGAUUAUUGCUAACUUUCUCUCUAAGGCUAUUCCUGAAGAUGCUUCAAAACUUGCAGAGUUUCAGAAGAUCAUUGAACGGGCAUCUAAAUUUGAAGCUGAUUUAAAAGAUUUGAAUUUCAUUUCAAUGUCUGAUAGCACAGACAAUAAGUUGAGCAAUUUUGCGGAAAAUGUUGAAGUUCACUUUGCCUCAAGAAAGAAAACAGAAAUUUUGGCAAAAACUAGGAAUUUGCUUUUGCAGUGUGACUUCACCAUUCCAGAAGAAUAUGCAAGAAAAGGCUCUCCAAUAGCUGAAAAUAAUUCUGAGCAUGUUGUUGAUUUACUUUUUCUAUCUGAGAGGUGUGUGGUGUCCAAAGCAGCUUCUCUACUAAUGGAGCUAGUGCAUAACACAAUGAAGGACAUUUGCUUGUCAUCUCCAAGAGUUGCAAUUGAACUCUAUCAUGCUGCAAGAGAUGCUAUUCUUCUAUAUGAGGCUGUUAUUCCUGUCAAGCUAGAAAGACAGCUUGAUGGCGUCAACCGGGCUGCUGUUCUCAUGCACAAUGACUGUCUUUAUCUGUCUCAAGAGAUACUUGGACUAGCAUUUGAGUAUAGGUCAGACUUCCCAAGUUGCAUCAAGGAACAUGCUGUUUUUGUUGAUUUGGCUCCACGUUUUCAUGUAAUGGCAGAAGAGAGACUACAGAAACAAAUCCAACUUGUUCUUUUCAAUUUGAAAGAGGCCAUAGAUGGUGCUGAUGGUUUUCAGAACACAAAUCAGAAGCAACAGUUUGAGUCUGCAAAAUUUAGUAUAGAUCAGGUUGUUUUUAUCCUGAAUAAAGUACACAUAAUAUGGGAGCCACUCUUGCGGCCUUCCAUUUACAAGAAAAGCAUGUGUAUGGUUCUUGAGUCAGUUUUUUCUAGAAUUGCUGGAGACAUACUUCUUAUAGAUGACAUGGCAGCUGAUGAGACAUUAGAGCUUCAGAGAAUGAUUCAUGUGCUGCUGGAGAGCUUAACUUUCUUGAUGGAGUCCUUGGUUGCUCUCAUUAAAAAGGAGAAGUCGGAAGCGCAUUCUAGAUUCACUCUAGAUGAUUUAAUACCAUCUUUGUGUAGAAUCCGUAAACUUGCAGAAUUGCUAGACAUGCCUUUGAAAUCCAUCACGUCCGCUUGGGAAAGUGGAGAACUCUUUAGAGCUGGGUUUACAAUGUCCGAGGUUGAAGAUUUUAUCAAAGCAAUAUUUACAGAUUCACCAUUGCGAAAAGAAUGCUUAUGGAGGAUAGAAAAUGUGAGCAUAUAGACAUCACAUUUUCCCCAAGAUUUUGAAUGUUCGAGAGGUAAAGAGCAAGACAAAAUUGACUGCCGUAUUUGUAACGCUACGGCAGCUGAAUUAAAAUCCUGCUGACUGAUUGCAUUUAUUAUGCAAUGUAGAGAGUUUGCGGAGCAGCCUUAUUUAUUACUGAAAGUAGCUUAAAAGUAGAAUGUGAAGUAAACAAAAGUGUUUAGUGUACAAUCUUUUUGUGACCGACUUUGAUAUAUAGUUGGAAGAGGAGUAUAUUUGAAAGGGGUGAAAAUAAUGGAAACAUUAAUUUUUCUCUUUGAAGCAAAUUUUAUGAAGUGGUUGUUAUUA